AGCUGCACAUUCGUACAUACAUCAUAGUUUCUAUAUAUAGCGGCAUUACAUAACAUCUCUAGCGCCCCGGGAAAACGUAUGGUUCAAUUCUUAAGAAAGGGCAGGAUGGAAGCCUCUUCUUCUAUUCCUCGCCAUCUCUGCCACCUUAACCUACUAUUCAUGCUCAUCAGCAGAGCCCACAUGCUCCUCCAUUCCAUUGCUCUAGUAUUCUUAAUCCACUACCGAGCUUCGUUCUUCUUCUCCGAAACACAAAACCAUCAAAUCCCCACCUCAAUAUGGUCUCUAGUCUUUGCUGCGGAGCUCGUCCUAGCCUUCAUAUGGGCCCUGAACCAGGCCGCCCGAUGGAAGACUGUGACCCGCAAAGUCUUCCCGGAGAGGCUGCCGGAGGAUGAGAAACUCCCGGCAAUCGACGUCUUCGUGUGCACUGCAGAUCCCACCAAGGAGCCAACUGUUGAUGUGAUGAACACGGUGUUAUCGGCGAUGGCCUUGGAUUACCCGCCAGAGAAGAUCCACGUGUACCUCUCUGACGACGGAAGCUCUCCGGUUACGCUGUUUGGGAUGAGGGAGGCCUAUGCUUUCGCAAUGUGGUGGCUUCCCUUUUGCAGGAAGUAUGGACUCAAGACCAGGUGCCCUAAGGCUUAUUUUGGAGCUCCAGAAGAGGAGGAGAACGGGGAGUAUGCUUCUGAGAAACAGAAAAUUAGGGACAAGUACGAGCUGUUCAAAGAACGAGUUAAUAAAUUCAGGGACCAAAAUCUUGGAGAUCCAAGCAUCAACGGUCGCAGUCACUCGCCAGUCAUUGGGGUCAUUCGAGCAAAUUCACAGGAUGACGAGGGGCAAACUGGUCAACUGGCGAUGCCCCUACUAGUAUAUGUUUCGAGGGAGAAGAGACCUUCCUAUCCGCAUCAUUUCAAAGCCGGGGCACUCAAUGUUCUUCUGAGGGUGUCUGGGGUGAUGAGCAACUCCCCAUACAUAUUAGGGUUAGACUGUGACAUGUACAGCAACGACCCUUCCUCAGCGAGGCAGGCAAUGUGCUUCCAUUUGGAUCCGAAGAUCUCUCCAUCUCUCGCGUUCGUUCAGUUCCCUCAGAUUUUUCGCAACAUCAGCGAGAACGACAUAUAUGACAGCAAACUCCGUUCAGUAUUUUGGGUUUGUUGGCACGGUAUGGAUGGACUACAGGGACCCUUACUCUCCGGGACUUGUUAUUAUCUCAAGAGGGAAGCUUUAUAUGGGAAGUUAGUCCAAGAUGGUACGUACGAUCCGAUGGACCUCAAGGCAGUUUUUGGCGGGUCCAAUGAGUUCAUUAAACGUCUGCAGCAAAUGAAGAGGCCAUAUGAAAACCGGGGCACUGACUGCUGGGAGACUUCAAUGGUGCUGAGAGAGGCAGAGGAUUUGGCUUCUUGCAGAUAUGAAGACUCCACAAAAUGGGGCAAAGAGGUGGGAUUUAUGUACUUCUCUGUGGUGGAAGACUACUUCACAAGCUUCACCCUCCACUGCAAGGGCUGGGCUUCAGUCUAUCUGAACCCGCCGCGGCCACAGUUCCUCGGGACCGGCACCACGAAUCUGAAUGACCUGCUUGUCCAGGGAACCAGGUGGAGCUCUGGCCUCAUUGAAGUUGGCCUCUCAAGGUUCUGCCCUCUGAUCUACGGCCUGUCUACGAAGAUCUCAAUCCUGGAGGCCUUGGCCUAUGCAGAGCUCUCGUUGUUCCCGCUCUACUUCAUCCCUGCUUGGUGCUUCGGCGUCAUCCCUCAGCUCUGCCUCCUCCAUGGCAUCCCUCUAUAUCCCAAGGUCUUGAGUCCGUACUUCCUAGUGUUUCUAUUCAUCUUCCUCUCCUCGACUUCCAAACAAGUGUACGAGAUCAUAUGGAGCGGGCAUUCACUGCAUACGUGGGUCAAUGAGAGGAGGCAUUGGAUGAUAAAGUCGGUCACCUGCCACAUGUACGGGAGCAUGGACGCGAUCAUGAAGAAGAUCGGCCUGAGGGAGGCCAGCUUCCUGCCGACCAACAAGGUUGACGACGACGAGCAGACAAAACUGUACGAGAUGGGCCUCUUCGACUUCCAGGCGCCAGCGAUGUUUCUCAUCCCCUUGGUCGGGAUAGUGAUCUUGAACAUGUUCGCCUUGGUCGGAGGGGUUACUCGGGCUCUUCUCGUCGGUUAUUGGGAGGAAAUUGUCGUGCAAACUUUCCUCUCAAUAUUCAUCUUGUCAGUGAGCUAUCCGAUUAUUGAAGGAAUGUUCCUUAGGAAGGACAAAGGAAGUGUGCCUCCAAGGAUAACCGUAUUUUCUGCCAUUGGUGUGGUUGCUGUUCUUGCUUUUUGGAACAUUUUUGUGUCAGUUUGAUUAUAUGUAAGGGAUGAUUUGUUACAUCUCACAUUAAUUAAUUCCGAUCUACUACUAAAAUUUAUCGACCAUAUUUUGUUCUUUUGAUGUAUUGAUGACUUGUGGUGCUAACAAUAUUACUGUGUGGAUACCCGUGUUAUUAUUUGGCUAUAAAAUUAUAUUGGUAAAGACGAA